AUGUCAAAAAUUACGGUAUUAUAUUAUAGAUUCUAUAAAUUAAUGGUGUUUAAUAAAUUUUAUUCUAAUGAAUCCAGAAAUUUGAAAAUUCGACAGAUUUUUUGUCUUGUUUUAGGUGACGUAAUUGAAACAACUUUUCCGGUUGUUAUUGAUAAAAACAUGACUGUUGCGCACCUAAAGGAACUUAUUAAACAGGAAAUAGCCCCUCAUUAUAACAAUAUACCUGCAUAUAAAUUUGACUUGUUGAAAGUAGACAUUCCUAUUAGUAAAGAAAAUUUAUACAAGAAAAUAGAUGUCGAAAACAUUAACGAAUAUGAAAAUGAAAAUUUACUCCUAAACAUUACUAUGAAAGAAGUUUUUUAUGAAGGGCUUGAAAAUAAUAAUAUCCGAAUAAUUAUAAAACCUCCUGAUCCUGAAGAGUCAGAUGAAGGUCGUGAUGGUCUUAUGGUAAUUUCGCCUAUAAGGUUGAAACAGAUCGUUGAAUGUGUGGAAAGUAACAAGAUUACGCUUCUACGUGGUCCUCCAUCAUCAGGGAAAACUACACUUGGACAAAUGCUACGAGACCAUUUCGAAGCUCUUAAACAUAUUAGCAUAUAUAUUAGUCUUGCUGGUAUAAGUGGUGGGCCAGAAAUAUAUGAUGUGAAACUUUUCGAUGAUUAUUGGAUGAAUGAAGUCGGUUUUAGUUGGACGGAGAUCAGUGAAUGCAAAGAUAUUGUUUAUGUGUUCAUUGACGAAAUACAGGUCAUUUAUGGCAACGGUGCUCCAUUCUUUUGGGGUGAUUUGAAGAAACUUUCGUCAAGUAGCCCAGAUUUCAAUAUACCUGAAUCUGUUCAGAAAGCAAUAUUUAAUAUCACUGGUGGACACCCUGGUUUGUAUCGAUUCAUUUUGACCGCAUUACGCAAUCAAUUUCAUGAAAAUGGAAGAACUGCGGAUAUGCUACGAUUUCUUGCUUCUUCUUCACUAUGGGACUGUAUAUUAGGAAAUGCACGUGCUUUCCAUUGGAUAUGUGAUUGGAGUAUAACUAAAGAAGAAUCUGAAUUUAUUCGCAGAAAGAUACUUUAUUAUCAAAAUAACGUUCCCUUUUCUGCUGAUUAUGCAGUUAGUCCCGUUGUCAAGAAAUUUAUUAAGAUAGGUCUUUUCUCCACAAUAGGCCCUAAUGAACAGAUUCAAUUUACUGCGCCCAUAAUGAGAGUUAUUUUGAGUCACUAUCUGUUCACUGCCCCUUUAAAUUUUGAAUCAUUACCUGCAAGAACUUUUGAUGAAUUUUUACUAAGAACUAUUGAGCGUAUGAACCCAGAUAAUUUGCGUCAAUUACUCGGAAAGGGAUGCGAUAAUGAUUCAUAUUUAUAUGAAAGAAGCUGGCAAAUGGAAUGGUAUCGCACUGCCGUAAGCGUUGUCCCAGCAGGUACAUCAAUUAGUGCUGAUGUUGGUGCCGUAUUUGGUUCUGUAGGAUUUUUAGAUUUCUAUAUCAAUGGUGAACUUUGCUGGGGAGUUGAGCUAACCCGUGAGGGAAAUAGGUUGAAUGAGCAUGCAGAACGAUUUGAAACCAAUGAUACAUAUGCUGAUAUCCCGUUAAAACAAUGGGCAAUUCUUUGA